GUAUCCUUAACUGCUGAAUAGAUCAUGUUGAUAAUGGAUUCCUUCUUAAGCAGCAAAGAGAAUCCAUGCCCAAGGAAGACUUGGACAUCUAUAUCAGUUACAGCUCUCAGUAGAUAAAGAUGCUUUGGCAGAAAUAAUCCGUUCUGUCACUGUUGCAGUAUGAAAGUCCAAUAUUGUGGGGGCCCAACGUUGACCUCUUGAGAAGAUUGUGCACCCAUGCCUCCUUCAGGACAGAUAGUAGCACUCCCUCCAGCACAGAAGCAUAAAUCAUCAGUUGGACCUAACAACAUGGAAAAUGGAUCCCAGAACACCAGUGGCCAGGCUCAUAACCCCAAGGACCCUCACUUCAAAUUCUUCCCAGGACAUAUUACAGUAACCAGAGGAAAAUCCACUAGAAGUGCAAGUUACAUUCUACUAUUGUUGUUUAAUCCUGAUGCCAAGUGAUGUUAGCUAGCAUAUUAUAGACUUUAAUUCCUUCUAUAACCAAAUCAAUCAGGAUUAAUAGAAAAUUAGAUACAUAAUAUAAUAGUCUUUGGAAAUUGACAUUCUGGAAUUAGAAUCAGGUCUAUACAUCUGAAACUGAACUUUCCAGCCUAAUGUAUUGUACAUUAUGGGUCAUGUCAAGUUGUUUAGAAAAUGGAUAUUCGGCAUUAUCUUUUUCAUUUUGGUCCUGACUGUUUCUCUAUGGAAGGAAACUCGGAAAGGAACUUACAUCUCCAUAAAAAUAGAAAGCCAAACUGAUCAUCUGCAGCUGUGGAAAUGGAUUAAAAUGAAAUCAGGAAUGGGCCAGAAUAAAAUUCUCAAUGGCACAAGCAAAGUUACUUUGUCUAACAAAAAAUCCCAGGCUAAAUAUAAUAAUGCUGAACCUAAGCCCAAGAAAAUCAAAGUCUGGAACCAGUAUAGUUCUUCCCAAAUACUUCACCCUAGACUGCAAAUACAAAGAAAGAAUUACUUAAACAUUAACAAAUUUCAUGUGAAAUACACUGGACCAAAGAAUACUGUUAAACUCAGCCCAGAAAAAGUGUUUUGCCAACUUCGGAAACAACUAGACUUUAGGAUGAUAAAUACAUCUGAUGCCCCUUUUAAUACAGCUGAAUGGGAGACAUAUCUGCCUAAGACAAAUAUCAGCAUGGAACUGGGCAAGCUGGGCCGAUGUGCAGUUGUAUCCUCUGCAGGAUCUAUUAAGCACUCGCAUUUGGGAGCAGAAAUAGACAGCCAUGAUGCAGUCCUGCGGUUUAAUGGGGCCCCUACCAAAGGGUUUCAGGAAGAUGUUGGUGAGAAAACUACAAUACGUCUUGUUAAUUCUCAGCUUAUUACUGUUGAAGAAAAGAGUUUUGUUUCAGAUGUACAAUUCAGCUUUGGAAUCAUCAUUCUGUGGGAUCCAGCACCAUAUCAUGCCAGUAUUUAUGAGUGGUUUCAGAAACCAGACUACCCUUUCUUUGAAAGCUACAAGCAUUAUCGGAAGAGACAUCCCAAGCAGCCUUUUUAUAUCCUGAAUCCCUACAUGCAAUGGCAACUCUGGGAUAUCCUUCAGGAGAACUCACCGGAGGACAUUCAGCCAAAUCCACCUUCUUCUGGCAUGCUUGGCAUUGCUCUUAUGAUGCACUUCUGUGAUGAAGUGAAUGUUUAUGAGUUUCUCCCCUCUAAGAGGCAAACAGACAGGUGCCACUAUUACCAGAGUGUCCUUGAUCAAGCAUGCACAAUGGGUGCCUACCACCCACAGCUCUUCGAAAAAAAUAUGGUGAAGCACCUUAAUCAAGGCACAGAUGAAGAUAUUUACAAUUAUGGAAAAGUGACUUUACCAGGCUUAAGGAAAGUACAAUGUUAGGAGUGUGUGUAUCCCAUAUUCUGGCCUUGGAAGCCUGUCUUGAAUCACAAAGCACUUUAAUUUUUAAAAGUAAGAGUUGUAAGGGCCCUUUCAAGAAACCAAUGUGCAUUUCUUCCAUUCAGUUUGCCUUAAUUCAGGAUUGCAACAUGUGCCAGAGACAUAUACAGCAUUCUACAGAAUGCAUUUCUAAUGAGGGCCACGAAUGUAAUUGCCCAUUAGUUGUUACAGGAAUGCAAUGAAAAAUAUAUUUUAAAAAAAUAGGUUUGUGUCUAAUUUUUGUGACUGAAUUUUUUAAAAAUACACCAUUCUGGCCAGUUACUGCUUCAAAGCUUCUAAAUGAGGCUUGGAAACUUCUAGAUGAGGCUUCCAUAUUUUAGAAACAAGCCAAUGGUGGAGGGACCAGGAUUUCUGUGCCUUGUUGUCAAUGUGUCUGUUCUGCACUAUUCAGGUCAAUAUAAAAAUAUGAACCAGGAUGGCAACUGUGUGAGAAGAAUAUAUGAAUUUAGAGAGCCAUUUGUAAGGCCAGGCAUGCCGAUAGACAUAUGAGAACUGGAAAUUCACAAAGUCCACAUUCUGGACAGAAAGUGCUACUAGUUUGAAAAGGAGUAAAAGAUGUUAGAUAGAUGUUAAAAUUGAACAGCUCUCUCUCAAUAGAAUGGAAGGGAUAGACCUCACCUACUGUAUCUCCUGUUUAUAACACAAUCUUUUCACAACUCCAAGAAGAUUUCAAUCCAUUUGCACUCUGAUUUAGGUGAUCCUGAGGGCACAGAUAAAUGCCCCCAAGGGGCCUCAAUGACUCUCAGAGAGCUAAUGACCUACCUUGAAAGUGCCAACGACCAGAUGACUGUAAAAAAUACAAAUCCUUCCAUUCCACAGCAUUCAGUCAGAACUGAGGAUGCUUCUUAGAUAAGAAGCUAAAUAUCUUCAAA